GCCCUCAGUCGCCGCCACAUCCACGUCGUUGUCGUUGUCCUUGUCCACGUCCUUCUCCUCCUUGGCAGCCGCCGCAGCCGCCAUGACAAGCCCGCACGGCCCGCCGGAAAUCACGUGUGUCACCUUCCCGUCCCGGAAGUGUUGUCUCGGCAACGCAACGCCAGCGCCGUCGUUAGUGAUUGUCGGAAGUAACGGAUCUCGGCCGGAAGCGUCACCCCGGCAACCGGAGACGCGUGGAAGGUUCAGGACCGGCCAUGGCGGGGCCGCCGCGUUGCGAACUGUGUGGGGCCCGAACGGCCCCACUGCGCUGCCCCGGCUGCCGUCUCACCUACUACUGUGAUGUCUCCCACCAGAGAACUGACUGGAUCAGCAUCCACGGCCAUAUCUGCCACCUGCUCAUCCCAGUCCUUGGGCCCCAGCCCUGUUUCCACUCCGAAAAAGACAGAAAACAUGGCAAGGAGCAGCUGAUGAGGAGGCAGGAAUCCCUCAUUGCUGUGGCGCUGAGCACAGCCCAGGGAUUUGUGUGGGCAGGCAAGCCCCUGGAAGCAAUUCCUGCAGCGCUGCAGGCGCUGCGCUUCAGCUCCCAAGCCUUCGGCUCUGACUCCUUGCAGCUCGUGCCCAUUUUUCUGCUACUGGCUGAGGCCUCCGCGGGCACUGGCCGUCUCCGGCAGGCAGCCAAGUAUCUGUCCCAAGCCCAGUGGAUCGUCCUCCAAAGCCCAGACUGCAGUGCUGCUCUUCAGUCUAAGUUGUACCGUGGGCUUGGGCUUUUCUCUAUUGCUGAAGGAGACCUGGACCAGGCUUUGUAUCACCUGGCCAAUGAUGUUUACCUGGCUACUGCUGAGUUUGGACUAAAUUCUGUUGAGGUCUCUGGAGGUUACUUCCACAUGGCCAACAUUUUCUUCCACCAGAAUAAAAUGGAUACAGCAAACUCACUCUAUACUGAGGUGAGCAGCCUCUGGCGUGACUGGCUGCUGAGCUCCCUUCAGAGGCACCAGCGAGUGCUCCGGGCCCGGGCAGAGGCAUCCCCGUUCUCUGAGGAUGAGGAAGACAUCAAGGAUGGGAUGACUGAAGCCCAGCGCGAGGAAGGAACGCAGGUGCUGUGGGCGGUGCUGAAGGUCCGGGAGCAGGGACCACUGCAGCAUCCUGGGGAAACAGCCAGAGUCCUGCAUGCCCUGGCCAUGAUCCACUACCUGGGCCUGGAUUUAGCCAAGGCCUGGGAGGUGGGGAUGAAAGCCUUCGACCUGGCCAAGCAGCUGCCCCAGCAAGACUCUCUAGAAACCAUCAGUCACCUGCUGGAGCUGAUUAAUGCCCAGUUUUCCCACACCACAUAAAAACUGGCCCUGCCAGACCCAGGUAUUUGGCCAGGCUCUCUCUUAUCCAGGUUCCUGAACACCAUGAGCAUCACAAGCCCUUGGUCCUCCUAUUGUUGCCUCUUUCCAGCUGCGUCCCUGGCUGUCCGAAACUGUUUGGAAAAUAAACAUUUUGGUCUGAAUUAGUCUUCA